CUCCAGGCUACGCAGGUGGGGGUCCCGGGUUCACCCGGACAGCGGGGGCGCCCCGCCUCCCGGGCGCCCGACGUGGACGCGGCCGCCGCCGCCGCCGCCGCCGCCGCCGCCGCCGCGCGGGAGUCGCUGUCCGCGGAGCCGACAUGCAGGCGGCGCGGGGCGGCGCGGGGCGGCGGGGCCGCGGGCCGGAGCGCGAGCGCCAGCGGCCGCCGAGCGCCGCCGCCGCGUCCCCCUGCGCCGCCCCGGGCCCGGCCGCCGCCGCCGCCGCCGCCGCCAUGGCCCGCGGGCCGCCCCGCGCCGCGCUGCGCCUGUGGCUGGGCUGCGUCUGCCUCGCGCUGGUGCAGGCGGACAACCCCUCGGCCCCAGUGAAUGUCACCGUCAGGCACCUCAAGGCCAACUCUGCAGUGGUGAGCUGGGAUGUCCUAGAGGAUGAGGUUGUCAUCGGAUUUGCCAUCUCUCAGCAGAAGAAGGACGUGCGGAUGCUGCGCUUCAUCCAGGAGGUGAACACCACGACGCGCUCGUGUGCCCUGUGGGACCUGGAGGAGGACACGGAGUACAUCGUGCACGUGCAGGCCAUCUCCAUCCAGGGCCAGAGCCCCGCCAGCGAGCCGGUGCUGUUCAAGACGCCCCGCGAGGCGGAGAAGACGCCCAAUCACAAAGAUGAGGUGACCAUGAAGGAGAUGGGGCGAAACCAGCAGCUGCGGACGGGCGAGGUGCUCAUCAUCGUCGUGGUCCUGUUCAUGUGGGCUGGUGUCAUUGCACUCUUCUGCCGUCAGUAUGACAUUAUCAAGGACAACGAGCCCAAUAACAACAAGGAAAAAACCAAGAGCGCGUCUGAAACUAGUACCCCGGAGCACCAAGGCGGGGGUCUUCUCCGCAGUAAGAUAUGAGCCCCGGGGCAGGGCUGGCUCUGGGCAGCUCGAAGACAGACAGUAGAGAAAGCGGGAGGAUCUCCUGGUUCUGAGGAUUAGCCAACAAGCAUCUUCUCCCCCUCCAUCUCCUUACACCCUCUGGCUUACUGUCCUCUCUCGGCUUCUCUCUUCCGGCGUGUUUUCCCGAAGUCUCUUCAGAAACCCCAUCUCCAGCUCCGCAGCGUCAGUGACUGAGGCUGCGCCCAGAGGCGGGAGGCAAGAACAGCCAGUGGGAUGGCUGUUCUGGGGGCAGAUGGGGGGCUCAGGGUGGGCCCGGGCCCUGCAGCGAGUGAGGCGGA